AUGAAUCUGAACCAACUGCAUGAGUUGCCGCAGGAGCUGCUAUACAUAUGGCACGCACACCGUACUGGAAUCUUAUUGGCGGCGGGUAUCCUUUUUGCCAUCGUGCGCCUGGGAUUGCACUGGCGAAGCAAUAGAAUUGACAAGUAUGUGUUGAAGCAUGAAAUCAUCGAUAAGACCUCAGACGAUACCCCAAGACGAAGUGUGGUCGCACAACCGGAGAUCACGCCUGUGAACACGCAGGAAACGACCCAGACGACAAAUGCGACGAGAACAAAGGAGCCACGGAGAGUUCAAGGAAACAAGAGUCGGAAGCAGACCCCGAAUCAGGAUGGAGAUGUGCUUGAGCAUCUGCAAAUAUACAUAUUCUACUUCACACUGGGCGGCUCGACCAAAGCCUACGCAGAGAGGCUAGCUGCAAACCUCAAUGGCGCAUCGGCGACGAACCAGAAAAUUCUUCCAGUGGAGGUUCACGAUCUCGCAGAGGUAGAUUACGAUGAUUACUUCAUCACUCCUCCGAAAUCUGCUCAGCGUAGCACCGCCUCAGUCUACCUCAUUCUUCUACCUUCAUACAACAUCGACACGGAGUUGUCGAAUUUCCUGUCGCACAUGGAAGACACGCACAAUGAUUUCAGAAUCGAUACGGGCUCGUUAUCGACAUUGGCAGGAUACAGCGUCUUUGGAUUCGGGGAUCGUCAGGAGUGGCCCACUGAAGCGCAAGGAUACUGCACUCAGGCCGUUGAGGUUGACAAGUGGAUGGCGAAGCUGACGAGACGCAAACGCGCGUUUCCGCUAGGAACGGGAGAUAUCAGGAAAGACGUCGAUCAGAGGUUGCAGGAAUGGCAGAGUGGAGUGGAGGGGAUCUUGGCUGAUCUGGCAGAUGGCAAAGGUCUUGGUGAGGGAGUGAGUGGCAGUGGAGAUGCGGUGGAGAGCGGCGACGAGGAUGACACAGAAGAGCCAUUGGCAUCGGAUUCAAAGCCGAGGAGGAAGGUUCGUUCUGACGCUGGAGAUCUUGAGGAUAUUAAAGUACCCAUCCCUGUCGAUUUCACAUCCCUCGGCAGAUCUGCGGCCACGACGAAUGCGCCUAAGGCGAUGGUUCCGAAAUCAUCACCGACGUAUGCAUCACUCACAAAGCAAGGCUACACGAUUGUCGGAUCACAUUCUGGUGUUAAGAUCUGUCGAUGGACAAAGUCUGCUCUCCGAGGACGCGGGUCCUGUUACAAAUACAGCUUCUACGGCAUCAACUCACAUCUGUGCAUGGAAGCAACACCUUCACUCAGUUGCAGUAACAAAUGUGUCUUCUGCUGGCGCCACGGCACGAAUCCAGUCGGAACGACGUGGCGAUGGGAAGUUGACGAACCUGACCUUGUGUUUGAAGGCAUGAAAGCAGGUCACUACUCCAAGAUCAAAAUGAUGCGCGGCGUACCUGGUGUCCGUAGUGAGCGAUUCGCCGAAGCCAUGCGCAUCCGACACUGCGCCCUCAGCCUCGUCGGCGAACCCAUCUUCUACCCGCACAUCAACGCUCUCCUCGCAAUGCUGCAUGCCGAACACAUCAGCUCCUUCCUCGUCUGCAACGCCCAACAUCCCGACCAACUCGCCGCCCUAGGCCCCGUCACCCAACUCUACGUCUCGAUCGACGCUUCGAAUAAAGAAUCCCUCCGCAAAAUCGACAGACCCCUCCAUCGCGACUUCUGGGAGCGCUUCAUCCGCUGCAUGGACAUCCUCCGCGAGAAACGCUUCACCCACCGCACAGUCUUCCGCCUCACGCUCGUCAAAGGCUUCAACAUCGACGACGAAGCAUCCGGAUACGCGGAUCUCGUCGAGCGCGCUCUUCCCGGCUUCAUCGAAGUCAAGGGCGUGACAUACUGCGGGACCUCCACGGCCGCGGGCGCAGGGCUAAGUAUGCAGAACGUGCCCUUUUAUGAAGAAGUUUCCGCCUUUGUUCUCGCGCUCGAAAAGGAACUUUUACGACGCGGAUUGGAUUAUGGCAUUGGUGCGGAACAUGCUCAUUCUUGCUGCAUCCUGCUCGCGGAUCGGAAGAGAUUCUUCCGGGGCCGAUGGCAUACUCUCAUCGACUAUGAGAAAUUCUUCCAGUGCGUCGAGAGCAAGAAACCGUUCAGCCCCGAAGAUUAUAUCGGUGAGGCCACGCCUGAGUGGGCGGCUUGGGGCAAGGGUGGAUUCGAUCCUAGGGAUGUCCGGGUGGAUCGGAAGGGGAAACCCAAGGUCGUCGAAAUCUAG